AUGGCCGAUAACUUGGACUUUAAAGUUUCACGUAAACGGUGGAUAGAGUUACAUCCUAAAUUUCAAGAAAUAAAAGCACAUGGGCUCAAUGAUGGUGCGACCAGAGCGACGAUGUUGGUUUAUCUCGAUCUUUGCGAAGCGAAAUACUGGCGCGAAGUGGAGAUACAUUCGUGCGAAAAACUUAAAAUAUUCUACAUUACGGGUAAACCCAAGAAGAAUCAAGACUUGGAAGUAAUUGUUCCGGUUAAUGCAACUCUAAGUCUUAGUAUGCAGCAAAUGAAGAACUUGGUUGAAGGGGUAAAUGUUUCUGGACAAAGUCAAGAUGAAAGGAACAAGGUUGCGACCUUGGCUAUUUGUGAUUCGGACUCUAGUAUCGUUUAUUAUAAGUUGUUCAGUGGACUUGAACAACCAGAUCCCCCAACGGAAGAGAAAGUCAUAGAGGGAGCGGUAAAACCCAAGAGACGAAGAAAAAGGUGA